CACACACACACACACACACACACACACACACACACACACACACACACGAAGCUGCUGCAGUGUGAAGGUUCCAUGCAAAUGCAUGUUAGAAAGAGGAACUGCUGCUGUGAGCACAGAAGCUCUUUACAGAAGCUCCAGGAUUCAGGAUCUUGUAAAACUAUGUGCUGAUGAUCAAACUUAUAGGAUUGAAUCUGACGGACAAGAAACUGAUGGAUCUUUUUCUGAUCGCGGUUUUUAAACCCUGACUGUUUUCUGUUCUGUUGUUUGUUUGUUUUUGUUUUUUAAAUAAUAAAACCAAAAACAAGAAAAAGCUCAUUAAAGGCCAGCGAGUGAAGACACUUCCGGGAAACCUUACUACUACAACACAGUUGCUGGCACUUGUUGAGGGAACAUUACUGAGAUAUGGCCGAUGGCAAAUUGGGCUUGGAGACUCUGAGUGAGGAUGUGCGGAAUAGACUCGCAGAGAUGCUGGACAACUCAAACUGUGGCUGGAGGCAAUUGGCAGAAGCAGUUAAAGAGCAGCCACAAUUCUACUACAGUGAGAAGGAGAUGACCAGCUGCUCUCUCCAGGUGCUCAACGCUCGUGGCAGUCCUGGCCGAUACCUGCUGGCUCUGCUCACUGACAGGAAAUGCACACUGGCUUAUUUGCUGCAAUGCCUUAAAAAGAUUGAACAUCACGGGGCUGCCAGUUUCCUCAUGGCAUACAUGGUGCCAAUAGAAAUAAAAACUAAUCCUCAAAAUGUGCAAGUGCCGAAGGGCAGCACAGUGACCCUCAGCUGCAGAGCCAUCGGUCCACCGGGACUCAGCUACCAGUGGUUCAGGAAGGAAGAUGAGCUGCCUGGUGGGAAUUUGCCAGAUUUGAUUUUGAACCCAGCUCGGGAAGGUGCCUACAUUUGUCGCGUCAGUGCUGGGGAGAUGUACGUGUUUAGUGCAUGGGCCCACGUCCGACUGCUACGCUCUGCUGAUUCAGGCUUUGUGAACUUCCCGUCAUCAGUGAGUGGGCUGUGUAUAAUGCAGCAGCCCAAAGCUCAGGUCUUGUCUGAGGGUGAUAUUUUAUAUCUGGAAUGUUCUGCCCAGGCCAACCCACCUCCCCAGUUUCAGUGGUACCACAACAAGCAACCUCUACUGAAUGCCAUCAAACAUUUCAUAAAGAUUCCAUGUGUAACUACAGGAGACAGAGGAACCUACAGUUGCAGAGUAUUCAAUCUUUAUCAUGAGAUGUGGAGUGACAACGUGCAAGUAGACAUUGGUCCUGGGUCAUGCACGGGAGGCUACUGGGAAACAGAUGAUGGACAUAAAGCCAGUUCUCUUCCACGACAUAUGGGGGAUUUAUACGCCACAGACAAGGUUGCACUGCUGAUGGGGAAUAUGAAUUAUGCCCACCACCGAGAGCUCAGAGCUCCUAUGGCUGAUGUAUAUGAGCUGAGCAACCUCUUGCGGCAACUCGACUUCAAGGUGGUCUCGCUACUCGACCUCAACCGGCACGAGAUGCACCGAGCCGUCACCGAGUUCCUGCUGCUGCUCGGCCGUGGAGUCUAUGGGCUGCUUUAUUAUGCUGGACAUGGCUAUGAGAAUUAUGGAAACAGCUUCAUGGUGCCUAUAGACGCUCCGGCCUCGUAUACGUCGGAUCACUGUCUUUGGGUGCAGGACGUUUUACAGCGCAUGCAGGAGCGUCAGACUGGCCUCAACGUCUUCUUGCUUGACAUGUGUCGCAAGCGAAACUUGAAUGAUGACGUCAUUCAGCAGCCUGGACCUCUGAAAGUCACAGCAAACAUUGUGUUUGGCUAUGCAACAUGUGUUGAUGCCGAGGCAUUUGAGGUGAACAAAGAUGACCUGUCCAAUGGAAUCUUCAUGAGCUUCCUGAAGAAGAGACUGAUGGAGCAGGAGAAGGUCACUGUCAUGCUGGAUCGAGUAGCUGAAGAUAUGGGCAGGUAUGAGUUGACCCGUGGUCGUCAGGCCCUGGAGCUGCGCAGUAACCUUUCUGAGCGCCGGACUUUAACGGAUCGCAUUCAAGCACCAGAGUGUCCAGUUAUGGCAUCAACACGUAACUUGCAGUGGUCCAUUGCACAUGCUCUGCCAGAGAGUCGUGUGCUUCAGUUUGACUGCGGCGUGAAAGUGCAACUGGGUUUCGCAGCGGAAUUUUCUAAUAUCAUGAUCAUCUACACCCGGAUUCUGGAGACACCCACAGACAUCAGUACCUGCUCCGCUCAGCUGUCUGAUUUCACUGAGGGCCCAGAGACCGACCUUAAGCGUACCAACCAAGCGAGUCUUCGAGAUGCUGGGAGUUUGCUGUUAGUCAUGGACGAACGUCUACCACCGGAACAACCGCAACUCUUCACUCGUCUUUGUGCACUUCAAAGACUCAAGAGCGAGCUGUCAUUCACUGUGUGUCUUCACUAUCAGUACACUCAUCUUGAUGAGGAGGUGCAGGAACAGCGAACAGUAACUGUAGGCAAACCUCUGGUUUCCAAACUGAACCUACACGAGCCACAGAGAUUCCACACUUCAUUAUCGUCUGAUCCUCAGUCUGCCAACAUGCCACCUUACUCAUCUUUUGCUCAGGAUCUGCAUACCAGUUUGCCUUCCUUAGAGGCUUCCUUCACUGAAUCAACCGAUUCCUACUUGUACCCACAUGCUGAAUUCUCUUCUGCUUCUGAUCUGAAGAGGAGAAAUGAGCCAGAAGAGACCAUCAGCCCUGACUUCCUAAAGUCAGAGGAAGCCGGAAAGUCCAAAAGUUUCACUCACACUAGUUCUGACAAACCUUUCAAAUUCAGCAACUUUCAUUCAUUUUAGUUUAAAGGUAAAAAAGGUAUUUUCUGUUAAUAUUUAAUUUAAAAUGGUGCCAACUGUUCAGCGGUGGUUUCCUUGUAUGCAAUGUCUUUAAGGCCUCAAGGCAUUAAAACAAAAACAUGAUUAUCCUUAUGGUGCAAGCACUUAACCUGAAUGUAUAUUAUACACUAUAUAGAUUAAUAGUCAUUUUUUUUUUAAAGAACUUUAAAGUUAUGUGUAUAAAUGUCUCUCUGUUAGGAAUCACAGGUCUAAGAGUGUGGAACAGAACAUUUUGGACUUACAGAGGCAAUUGGUGGAAGAUGAAAUAAUGAUCUUAAUGUAUUUAAAAUUAAAAAAAAUAUAUAGUGUUAUUUA